UCAGUAGCAUAUAAGAUCAAGAUAAGUGUGUGUGUGUGUGUGUGUGUGUGUGUGCCAGCCGGUGUGUUGUCUCUCCUGCCUCGUCAUAUUUCUGAUAUUAUUACAGCGAGGAGCUCUGGACACUUAUUUCAGCAGUCAGACUGAGGAGGAACAUUAUUAUUAUUGCAUGGAAUGCUUUGACAGCUGAAGUCAGUAUUGUGAGUUGCUUUGUCAAGAGUGUCUGAAGUCAGAAACAAGUCCACUGACUUCAAAAGCAACACCAAGAAGAAAAUUAGACAACUUCAGAGGGAGCAGACAACUCCAGAUACUAAUGAGAGACUUGGCUCAGGAGCAAUCCUGAGCCACCAGUACACCAAGAUCAAGAUUGCACCACUGCUCUGCUGUAUAAUGUCGAAUGAGAUUACAAAACACACUCAAACAGUGCUAGGUGGUGGGCCAAGCAUACUGUUUGAGAAAUGCUGGAUCAUCAGGUAGUUGUGGGUGUGCCAAACAAUGAAGAAUCAGAUCAGGAAGUGGUCACAGUCCUGGAUGAAAAGGGCAAUGUGGAACAAUAUGUUUUGCCCCACCAUUCAACCACACUUGCUGCUGGUCCCAGCAAGCGACACACCAACAAGGCAGAGGGUUUGGCAGUUCCUCAGAUGUUGGAGAUCCAGCAGGGGAUCCUCAAUGAGACGAGGAAUGUCAGAGGUUCAUUGGACAGGUUGGGUAACCAACUGGAAGUAAUGAACUCUACUUUCAGCAGCUGCAUGGAUGCCAUGACCACAAUGCUGGAAGUGAUAUCCAAUUCCCUGGAAGAAAUUGCUGCCAAGAAAAAUUAAUUAUAAGGCUGUUUUGUUUGUAUAUUAUAUAUCAUGUAUGUUGUCUUAGUUUUUAGAUGUGAUAGUACAUUAUUAUCAUGUUACUUUUAAGAUUUCUCACCAUUUUUCUUUAUUUUUAAGUACUAUGUUUUUUUUUUUUUUAAUGUAGGAUAAACUUAAAUUUUUGAGUAAAUUUAUUUAUUAAACUUCUCUCUUACUUUGACAGUACUUGAGUGUACUUGGGCAUAGUGAAUGACUUGAAGGGCACUUAGACCUUAAGAUUGGCUGAGGAAGUACAUGUGUGACAAAAGUUUCUUGUGGAGGGAUUUGAACAAAUGAGGAAGACAUGAAAGCUCUUCUGCCAAGGCCACCUCCUUAGAUGCUACCCUCAGUGGGAAUGAAACAGAGAGAGAGAGAGAGAGAGAGAGAGAGAGAGAGAGAGAGAGAGAGAGCAUCUAUGAAAAAACAUUUUUGAUGAGGGCCCUAUGGUAAGCCAGCUUGACUUGGAUGUCUCCUCAAUACUCUUCAGCUUCAGGAUCAUCAUCAAGUAGUGGCUCAUUCAAAGAAAUUCUUUAGAUACACAUGUUAUGUAACUGCAUACAUGCUAUUGCUAUGUGAACAGAUUUAACUUGAUGGUACUGCAGGUUACUGCCUGAUUCAUGUAAAUUGUGAAAUCUAGAUUUCAGCAUCCCAGAUGUCUGCCCUAUCACCACAUGUCUUUGUGUGACUUUUGUUGUAGGUGUGUUCACCAGCAGUUCUUGGUUGCCUUACAGGAGUCAUUAGAAAGAACUCAAGAGGAUGACUGAACUCACCUGCAAUGAUAGCUGUAUGGUGGAUUCAUGCAAAACAAAACAUGGAAUUAGUGGUAAAAGUGAGAAUUGGUUCUGUGAUGUCUUUAAAAGCACUUUCCAGACCAAAAUAUGUUACUGAAUACAACAAACAUACACAUGGGCUGUAUAUUACUGAACCACAGAAAAACCAGCAUGAAAGAAAAUAGCAUACAAAUGACAAUGAUAUUUGCAGUAGUGGUGACAACUCUGCUGUCUGCCUGCCAAAAUAACCAUCCUGUCACACUGCAUAACAUGUCAUAUUGUCUUUAAGGUUAAGAGGGCUUAGUGAGACAACAAGAUGAACAUCUUCAGGUAACAUUACUGUUACUUUGUUUAUAGAUGUUGAAUGUUAAGGAACAUAUAUAUAAGUCCAAGUUUGUACAAAUUUUGAAUAAGAUUUUUAUUUACCAAACAUUUAAAUUAUUUUUCACUGUACCCCAUGCACUUCUGAAGGCAGUGUUCCUACCGUAGUAAUCUUUCUUUGUAGAAUUAUGGAUUGUUUCGUUUGGACUGUCAAAAGUUCAAGUUUUCAAUAAAAUACCCGACUCCCCUUAAAUGACUUUUGUUUUGAGAAAAUUUGAAGAGGUAAGAGCAGUAGGGAAGGAAGGGUGAAAUUUUUGGACAACAGAUAACUCUUGAGGAAUAAAAUGGGUAGGAAGUUAUUGUGAAAAAAAAAAAAUGGAUUAUGCAGUGUAGUUUCCUUUACUUUUUUAUCCAGUGCACACUUUGUUUUUUGUAAAAUGUCAUUAUUGUAACUUCAAUUUUCUUCUAGAAAUUCAAUCAGAAAGAUUCCUUCAGAAUCUCAGAAAAACUGAGGCCAUAAAUUUCUGAGCUGACCUUUGCUUUAAAUUUCUUUGGUCCAUUUGAGCCAUUCAAUAAUCUGUCUAAAUUUGAUUUUGCUUUCUAAAUCACACUGAAAGAUCCAAGUUUUAUCUCUGCUGACAAUUUGUAAAGAAAAAAACACUUGUUUCAGUUUGAGCCAAAGAUUCUUUAUACAGAAAGAUCAGCUCUGAUAGAGUGAGUUGAGUUUAUUCAGACUUAGAUUUCCAGUAAGGGUGAUAAAUUGUGAACCAUGUGAUGCAAACUUCAUUAGUGAUAGUAUUGAUCAUGACUUGAUGAUCAUGUUCCACCAGAAUUCACACAAGUCAUAGUUUAUUAAUUUGUUGCAGAGCUUGGCCUUCCCUCUCAAGACUUGUCUCUGAUGUCAUCUCUUUUUUAAAAAAAUUGUUAAUUAUAAAAAAAAAAAUGCCUUAAGUUUGUUGCAAUGCUAUGAUGAUUUUUCAUGGUUUUCAUUCCAGUUUGAUGUGAAACUUAAUGUUAGUUCUCCCUUUAAAAAUGUUUCUUUCCAUGCAAGUCAAAAAGUGCUUUCCUUUGAAAACACCUUGAAGCCUACAUGGUAGGUAACAACUUGUCCCAGUCCCAGAUGCUUGUUUAAGCAUAUUUUAUUUUGUUUAAUUGUGGCUAGUCUCAUGUAUAAUAAAGCCUAAUAAUUUUUA